AUGGGUUUCUCAGAUCUUGAAGUUGUGAUGAGGAGUUUUCUUGAUGACGGGAAAUAUGCCGACAUGACAAUAUCUUGUCAAGAACAUAAUUUCAAAGGCCACCGCGCCAUCAUCUGCUCUCAGUCACCCUUCUUUGACGCUGCUCUAAACGAUGGGUUCAAAGAAGCAAAGUCAUCACAAGUCAACCUACCGGGCGAUAAUGUUGAUACCAUAGCCCGCGUUUUGUCAUUCUGCUAUCUCCAAGACUACGGUCAAGUAGAUGAUUCUAUGAAUUUAAAGCCAGAUGGAAUACCACGCAGUCAUCGUGGAGUAUAUUUAGCUGCAGACAAGUUUGGUAUCUUUUCUCUCCGAGAACUCGCAAGCAGCCGGAUCGUUAAUUGGGCAAAAUCAAAUUGGAACUUGGGAUGUUUCCCGCACAUUGUCGAAGAUAUAUGGUGCACUACCCCGCCUCAUGAGAAUGGACUUCGCGAUGCGAUUGUAGAGGUUGUUUCAACCAAUAUUCAACAUUUCUUGACACAGAACGAAGGGAAUAAUGUUUUUAAUGAUAAUCCUGCAUUUACAGUUGCAGUUUUGAAGCGAGUAGCAUCUCUUCAUCCCUUACAGCGUUCUUGA